GAAAAGCAUAGCACGAAAAAAAACAUAGCUAUGGAAAAGAUUUACUACAUUUUCAUACUCGUUUUAACGACUAUAUCUGCAUUAAGUUAUUGGUUAAAUGAUGAUAGGGAGCACUGUUAUGAACUAUUGACGGCUACUACUAUAAAAAAUAAUAAUCAACUAAGUUGUAAAGGUUGCAUUACUGCUGUGCACUCGCCUGGAAUGGUUAGCAACUGUAUAACCAACCAAACAGUAGUUUUUAUUGGAGACAGUACAUCUAGGCAGAUAUACAACGAAAUAGUACAUAGUCUAGGCUUCAUUGACCCACAUGAAGAGCUCAAGCACGCUGACAAAAACAGUGUAGACGAAGACCGGGGUUUGUCUAUACACUUUAAGUGGGAUCCAUAUCUGAACGCUACGGAUUUCAGUCUGCUUGACAAUGACACCUUCCUUGUUCUUGGGACUGGACUGUGGUAUUUGCGCUACGCAAAUAUACAGUCAUGGUCUCAGACGAUGGACAAACUAUUUGAUAUGGAACUACCGGAAAACACACUUCUAAUGCCAGUUCUACAUCCAGAAAUGGACAAGUUAUCAGCUGAACGGGCUGAGACGAUAACAGACGAGGAUGUUGAUGCCAUGAACAACGAUUUACAAGUGAGGUGGACAACAAGUCCAUCAAAUAACACGAUAAAUAUUCCAUUUUCCAUCAAUGAAAUAAUGAGCGCAUCACCAAAUGAAACGACGGAUGGCCUUCAUUAUUCAAGAAAGGUAAUACAACAGACGACGCAGUUGUUGUACAAUUACUGGUGCAAUGAUAUUGUACCAUCAAACAAUGUCACUUGUUGUAGACCAUAUCCUACUCCACGACCACUACAGCUUGCAUUCAUCUUUGCAGCUAUCGUUGGUUCUUUCAGCAAGCUUAUUCUAAGUGUUGCCUUUAAUAAGCAUCCAAAGUAUAGUGCUUAUAGUAAACACGUAGACAACGUCGCGAUAUUUUCUGCAUCUUUACUAUUCGCUUAUGUAGCGGAUCGCUCACACUUUUUCGCUAAAUCUACUAAAGAUUUUAGUAGUACAAUGGUCUUGUUGUUAUUCAGCGUGAUUGGAGCUAUAGGGUGGUAUAGCUGGAAACGAAAUGAUGAUGAUACAACAAAAACAAUCGGUGUCUUAAACAGACCACAAACGGAUGAAAUGAAAGGUUGGAUGCAGUUAAUGAUACUCAUUUAUCAUUACUACGGUGGAUCAAAAAUACCACAAUUUUAUAUCCCCAUUAGAAUAUUGGUUGCAUCUUAUUUGGUGUUACUUGGAUAUGGAAAUGGUAGAUACUUUCUUAACAAUCGGCCAACGUUGUCACGGUAUAUUUGUACAAUGACGCGAUACAAUCUCCUCACUCUUGCUUUAUGUUGGAUACUCAAUGGAUCUUAUAUCAAUUAUUACUUCGUUCCAAUUAUUAGCAUAUGGUUUACCUUAAUUUGGUUAACUUUUUCAAUAAAUGCUGAAGUGAAUUCAAAUUUGAAAUUACUCAUAAUAAAGUUGGCAAUAUCAUUGAUAAUUGCCAUUUCUUUACUUAAUAUACCCCAAUUAAGUGCGAUUAUACCCUUUGAAUAUAAAUUUAGAUUAAAUCUGGACAUUCUUGCGCCAUUUUUUGGUGUUUUACUAUCAAUUGUCGCUAAUGAGCAAGUAGAAUUCGUUAACAAAAUCACUACACUAAUCUCAGGCGCAACAUUAUUAAGUUUAGCACUAUUUGUUGGCGUAAUAACACCAAUAAAAUUCAGUUACAAUCAAUAUCAUCCUUUCAUUUCACCUUUCUUCGUGAUUUCAUUGAUCAUAUUAAGAAACUCUUCAGAAUGGCUUCGAAAACAUCAUUCAGUUUAUUUGGCACAAAUUGGAAGAUGUAGUCUGGAAUUAUUCGUUUUGCAAUUCCAUUUACUACUGGCUGGUGACAGUAAAGGAUCAUUAUUGAUACUAGCGAACGCAUCUAAAUCACUCAAUUUGAUCAUAACGCUAAGCAUUUUCAUACCACUAUCAUUUAAGAUUAAUCAAGUUACAAACUAUUUGGUUGAUUUAUUAAACACUUACAUUACACCAACAUCAGUUCUUCCCCUAACUAAAUCACCAAAUCCAAUCGUGCAAAUAUCAAAACAAUCAAAUUAUCGCCUGUAUUUCAAAAUCUCAAUCGUGAUAACAUCAAUAAUGUUUGUAAACUUCUUUUAUUAAAAUACUUUAAAAAUCGAAAUAUCGGUAUAAUUUUACAAUUCUCAUUUAUUGAAAUGCCUGAAUCUGCCUUGUGAUAGAAACUAUCUUAUAUAGAAUGGAAAGAUUAAAAGAAAUGCCAUGAUGUGUAUUGAUUGGAGUGUCUGUUUAUGCAAUGUUGGAUAAAUUUAUAUAUUAAUCAUCUGCUAGCUAUUAUCAUCGCUAUGACCAUGUUGAUGAGUUUUAAUUGAUUUUAUCCAACUAUCUUUAAGUACUUCAUCAAUUAAACACCUAUCUUUAGGAUUUGGUGCUAGCAUUUUUAGUAUAAGUUGAUGAGAUUCUGUUGGGAACUCCUUUAUUGGGUGUAAUUCAGUUAAUCUUGGAGGUCUCUUCCAAGAUUGCUCAUAUUGUGAGAAUGUUGGAUCUGCAAGUCUUGCAACUCUCCAAGGUAAUUCUUGAUUUGUCAUACAGUAGAAAACGAUAGCUGCUGACCAAACGUCAACCAAUCUUGCAUCAUACUCUUUUUGCUCGAAUAGUUCAGGCGCGAUAUAUGGUUCUGACCCACAUAAACCUUUACUCAUGUGAGUUUUCUUCUCCCAGCACAUUCUGAAUACGUCUGAAACACCAAAGUCUGUAAUCUUUAUUGAACCUCUACCAUCUAAUAACAGGUUUUCAGGUUUGAUAUCCCUAUGAGCCACACCCAUAGAGUGCAAAUAGUUUAUACCUAGUAGUAUCUGUUUAAAAAACGCGAUGGAUAACUUUUCGCCAAGUUGGCCUUUCUUUAUAGCUGCGUAUAAAUCACCACCAGGACAAUACUCCAUAACUUCACACCAAUGGCUAUUCUCAUCUUUGACCAAAUCGACGGUUUCAAUGAUAUUGUUGUGAUGAAGUGUAGAAGAAAUGCAGAAUUCUGAAGUCAGCUUCUUGACGUAUUCCUUUUCGGUUUCAUUUUUGCGUCUUUUUCUAAAUUCUUUUACAGCGAAUAACUUCUCAUCUGAUCUAUCCCAACGGUGUGCUAAUCUAACUACUGCAGUGGCACCUCUACCAAUUGCGACUUUAUCACAUACACCAUAUUUCUUAUUUAACGAAGUAUUAGAAUUGUGAUCAUCUUUAUCUUUAUUAUUAUGAGAGCUAGCGGAUGAUUUCCUAUUCAAUGGCGCUGGUAGUAAGUCUAAUAACGCAUGGGUAAGUUUACCGCCGCUAUCAGAGUGAGUUUCGCUAUUUGAUCUUUUAGGCUGCUCUCUAGAACCCUUCUGGGAUUGCUGUCUAGAUGGUGGACGUGAGGCAAGUUGUGAAUGCUCAGAAGUCGUUGGUGAUUGGCUCUGCUCUUUCUUCUCAAACAGUUUUAUGAACUUCGAGGGCUUUUUAUCUGGCUGAGGCUGAGAAGCCAUCAACUCCUAAUAGAUUUCC